CUAUAUUUUACCAACUCUUUACUAUUGUUUUCACUUGAAUAAAUUUUAUUCGUUAUUAGAAUCUUAAAAUUCAGCUUUUUGGCAUCUGUUAAUAGUAAAUUUAAGAAUUUAGCGGUGUUAUUUAGCUGGUAGCUUACCGUUUCGAUUUAACUAAAUAGAUCACUUCUAAUUAGAAAUAUUUCUACAUUCUUAGUGGAACAUUGAUUUUUUUUUUGAUGCCAAUUUCGGGAGGCAUAAUUUCUUUUAUGUGAAUUGGCACAUAUCAAUGUUUCGAUACUGUAGCAGAAGUGAGGAAGUGCCGCGCAUGUUGGUCGCAUGGUUGAAUUGAGACGGUAAGAUGACUGGAUUGAUGAUCCAGCGGGGUCUGAUGCUUGGGGUCGCGCCGAUUCGGUCAUUUUUCGCAUCAACGUCUUUAUUGACAAGAUUACGAGCAGGAAACGGCAAUGCCUUUUUGAAAGAUAUAGGCCGAUUAACAGUUAUUCAAACUGAUGAUGAACCUUAUACUCCAGGCCAGGUAGGAUUUGAAGUUUCACCCUUGCUAACGUCAGUUCUGACAUGUAUCAACUCAUCGGUAUGAAUACAGGACUACUUCAGGCUGACUAGACUGUGAAAUGCCAAAUGUGGUCUGGUGUCUCAUACUGUAUUAUCAAAUAACACUGUUUAUUCAUAAACUCUUUCCCUAUAGAGGCAUCGUUUUAUGUUCCUUCCCAUGUCCUGUUGAAGAAAAAUUGCUUAGUACAAAUAAUGAUGAUCCUGUAGUAAUAACACACAGGUCAUUGUUUUAUCAAGUGCUUAUUCACUGCGGUGACUGGAAAAAUAUGCAUUUCCCAGUAGACAUUACUUCGUAUUUGGAAGAUGCAGGUACGAUUCAUGGUGAAAAAGUUUUGACUGUUGUGUUUGGGAUGGAUUGUGUUCCUCAUGAUGAAAUAGUACCAUACAGAACACAUAUCUCACGGCCCAUCGUUCAUAACCUGUUCGCCGGUCUGUUCGAAUGUACAACAGUAGAAGAUAACGAGUUCAUAUUUAGCAUACGAAAAGAACCAAGUUUUCUGAUAGGUCAACAUUCGAAUUGUAUUUUGAACCAACUCAAACCCCACUUCGCUUAUCGCGAAACAACAGAUGGGAUACGGGUGACUGUGAUAACAUUUUACCUCGGGCUGAAUACAGUUAGUGGGCAACAAAAACACUGGUGGCGUUAUGUAAUACGUCUGGAAAACUUGAAACCUUGUCAUAUAAUUAUUCGUUCGAGGGAAAUGAAAGUUUAUAGCUUAAGUAAUAUGCAGCAACAGAAAAUACCAAGCGUUGCUGGAGGGAACCCUCGAUUGACACCAGAAGAGCCGGCAUUUCAAUACAGUGGUAUGGUUGGUGUGGUAGUGGACAAAGGGUCAUAUGCAUGGGGGAAUUUCACUAUGGAACGAGAGGAAGAUCGAACAUCAUUCCUUGUCAAAGUACCCACGUUUAGGUUAGAAUGUGAUUCCAAUCCAACACCGGAGAAAACUGAACAGUUGAGUUAACACUGCGGUUAAUGGGUGACCAUAUUUUAUGAUGUAUAGCGGUAUUUCUCAUAUUUUUAGGUAGUAAUUUUAUUAAAUUUCUUCAAUUUUUUAGUUGGACGAAUUGUGUGAUUUUAUUUUAUGCUGUCACUUCUUCACUCUUCUCGUUUUUUGUGUUCUUAAUUUUCAAUAAAAUAUUACGGG